CAAAGGCUGGUUAGUUUCCACUCGUCCGCAGCGACAUGCAAAAGCCUCGAGUCCCGAUUUCGCUACUCCUCCUGCUGGCUGGGAUCCCUCUAAUCCUCGAAGGAUCUCGCGUAGAAGCUGCCGCUCCCCGACAGCCGGAUAGUCGGAUUGUCAAUGGACGCGAAGCCAGGGAGGGCGAAUUUCCAUACCAACUUUCGCUGCGCCGCCAAACGGUUCACAUCUGCGGCGCCUCAAUCCUGGCCAGCAACUGGGCCAUCACCGCCGCCCACUGCGUCGACGGGCAUGAGCAGCAGCCACGGGAGUUCACCCUGCGACAGGGCAGCAUCAUGCGUUCCACGGGCGGAACAGUCCAGCCGGUUAAGGCCAUCCACAAGCAUCCGGCCUACGAUCGGACGGACAUGAACUUCGACGUGGCCCUCUUGCGGACUGCGGACAGGGCUCUCAGCUACCCGCUUGGAAAAGUGGCUCCCAUUCGUCUGCCCGCCGUGGGCGAGGCCAUCUCGGACACCGUGCCCGCGGUCGUCUCCGGCUGGGGACACAUGACCACCACCAAUCCCGUCCUGUCGCCGGUUCUCAAGAGCACCACGGUACUCACGGUCAACCAGGAGAAGUGCCACAACGAUUUGCGGCGCCAUGGAGGCGUCACCGAAGCAAUGUUUUGUGCGGCCGCCAGAAACACAGACGCCUGUCAAGGUGACAGCGGAGGUCCGAUUAGCUCGCAAGGAACCCUUAUCGGAAUAGUGUCCUGGGGAGUUGGCUGCGCAGAUCCGUACUAUCCGGGAGUGUAUACCCGCCUGGCUCAUCCCACUAUUCGCCGCUGGAUUCGCCUUCUCACAAAGCUGUAGAUUUGUAGCUAAUUACAAGAAAUAAAUGGAAAUAUUAAUGCAUUAAUUA